CUAAAAGACUGUGUUUUCAAGGAUUUAAUACGACUGCAAGUUUUAAAGUUGCAGAGCAACCAAAUGUCCGAGUUACAUGGUGCCUUCAACAAAUACCUGCCAAAUCUACGCCAACUGCUGUUGAAUCAGAAUAAACUCACUGCCCUUAAACAUGGAGAAUUCAGGGGCUUACAGUCCCUCCAGAACUUGUCAUUACAUCACAAUCAAAUACAGCAACUUGAUAAAAGGUGUUUCAUUGGAUUGAUGAAUGUUACCGAUAUUCAGCUACAGGAGAAUCUUAUUAAAAUGGAUGAAAUAAACAAAGGUAGUUUCAAUGAUCUGAUAAAUUUAAGAAGACUGGAGUUGAGGGACAAUUACAUUAGAUAUGGAAACGAUUCAACUUUGCCUCAUGCACCAUUUUCUCAGCUGUCCCAUCUGGAGACAUUAGGUAUUGCUUUACAGCAUGGCAAGGGGAAGUCUUACUUGCCUCACAACCUCCUGCAAGGUCUCACAAAUCUGCGGGUUUUCAAUACGAGGAACAUUCAACUUUUAACCUUGCACAAAGACACGUUUAUUUACACACCUCAGCUGCAAGAACUUGACAUUAGCACAAAUGAAUUUAGGGAUCUCUCUCCAGAGUUGUUUUCCCCAAUUCCAAACCUUAAAAGUCUUUACAUAUCUAGAACAAUUCUUGGGUCUCUGGAGUUUCUUGUAAAUGCCAGCCUUUCCAAACUGGAGUUCUUGCAGGCGAGAAAGAAUCAAUAUUCAGUUAUCAGUGAGGAAAUAAUAAGGUCUGUACCAGCUCUUGUUUAUGUGGAUCUUCAGGGGAACAGUUUCAGGUGUGACUGCGAUAACGCCUGGUUCCUCCAGUGGAUAGAAAACAACAACCAAACACAAGUUUUUGAUGCCUAUAACUUUACCUGCAACUACCCUGUGCACCUUAAAGGCAAGGAACUGUUGGAACUCGACAUCAGCUCCUGCUCAGUAGACAUUGAAUUCAUCUACUUUAUCUCCACCACAUGUACAGUCCUACUGUUUAUGGUGGUGUCCUUCACCUACCAUUUCCUGAGGUGGCACCUGGCCUAUGCCUACUACCUCUUCUUGGCUUUGCUCUUUGACACAAAGUAUAAAAACAAGCAAGCUCCUAAUCAGUAUGACGCCUUCAUCUCCUACAACACUCAUGAUGAGCCCUGGGUCGUCCAAGAGCUGCUGCCCAAACUGGAGGGAGACCAGGGCUGGAGAUUGUGUCUGCACCAUCGAGACUUUGAGCCAGGUAAACCCAUCAUAGACAACAUCACAGAUGCCAUUUAUGGAAGCAGGAAGACCAUCUGUGUGAUCAGUCGCAGAUACCUUGAGAGUGAGUGGUGCUCCAGAGAGAUCCAGGUGGCCAGCUUCCGUCUGUUCGACGAGCAGAAGGACGUGCUGAUCAUGGUCUUUCUGGAGGACAUUCCCACCCAUGAGCUGUCUCCUUACUACCGCAUGAGGAAACUGCUGAAGAAGUGGACCUACCUGAGCUGGCCUCGAGCCGGAGAGCACACGGAGCUGUUCUGGGAGAAACUCCGCCAGGCUCUGAAGACCAGAGACGAUCCGGGUGAGGACGUCUUCCAGCUCACUGUGGUGGACGCACAGUCCAAUUCUGUUGAUAUCAGAUCAGUGAUUAAGCAGCUUUUCUUUGUGCGACGCGAGACUUUAAAAAUGGGUCGUGGAGUGAAAGAGAAUGAAACAACGGCAACAGGAGGAAGAAAACAAUUUCAACUCAUAAUUUUUCUCUGCUUGUUGAAUAUCAGCAGUUUUGUUGUUCCAGUCAGAGGAUUUGCAAUGAAGAAUUGCAAAAUCAGUUACAAUAUUGCCAUAUGCGCCCAGAAUAAACUCAGAGCUGUUCCUCGAGAUAUUCCCUCGACAGUAGAGGGUUUUGACUUGUCUGCAAACAAAAUUUCAAGAGUACAAAUAUCAGAUUUCAAAAAUCUACCAGUUUUGACAAAAUUAGAACUAAAUCGCAACUUCAUUUCGCAGAUAGAUGGCGGCGCCUUUGCCAAUCUGAUUUCCCUCAAGAAGUUAAAUCUAAAUAAUAAUAAACUUGUUGAACUCAGAGAGGAUCUUUUUAAUGGUUUGAGCAACCUCACCGAGCUCAGGAUUACUAGUAAUCGCAUCAGAGCUGUGGCGUCCACGUCUUUCAAGUCCAUGAUAAGCUUAAAGUUUCUGGACAUUUCUCACAACAAACUGCACGACAUAAGAAAAGUUCAUUCAAUAAUACAGCAUCUGCCGCAGCUACGAGAGCUGUUUAUUAAAAGAAACGAUUUUAACACUUUUCACUCGUGGGAACUGACAAACAGCUCACUACAACUUAAAUACCUCGAUUUGUCUCAGAAUCCUAUGACAGUUUUUCAGAUCACUGCAGAUGUUUUACCAAAUCUGACCUGGUUUAAUGUCGGUGGCUCUUCCCAGAAGAUGAGAUGGGAUGUGCAUAACAAGACUUUCUUUAGUCGAUUGUCUACUCUUGAUAUGAGCGGGCUUCAAAUGUCUUUAAAUGACAUGAAAACAUUACUAGAGAGCGUAAACUCCUCACUAACGUCUCUGAGGAUGAAUGCAAUGAAACAAAACCUUGCAGCGCUGAUCAACAUUUCCUGUUCCAUCCCAACAUUGUCCAAACUGCAACUCCGCAAUUACAAACUCAGCUCUGUCAGUUCCCAUUUGAUUAAGUUGUGCAUCAAUGUAACUGAGUUAGAUUUAGCAGUUAAUCAAAUACAAAACAUCAGUGACAACACCUUCAGAUCUAUUCAGAGAUUAAGGAUCUUGAAUCUGAGUCGCAACAACCUUUCAUCUGUUCCAGCUGCCACGAGGAAUCUACCGAUUCUUCAAGAAUUGGAUCUGAGCUCUAAUUUCAUCAGCAAACUUGAAUGUGACGAUUUUGCCAAUCAGACAAUGCUUAGACAGCUCAACCUUUAUCAGAAUUCAAUCUCAGCUCUAAAAGACUGUGUUUUCAAGGAUUUAAUACGACUGCAAGUUUUAAAGUUGCAGAGCAACCAAAUGUCCGAGUUACAUGGUGCCUUCAACAAAUACCUGCCAAAUCUACGCCAACUGCUGUUGAAUCAGAAUAAACUCACUGCCCUUAAACAUGGAGAAUUCAGGGGCUUACAGUCCCUCCAGAACUUGUCAUUACAUCACAAUCAAAUACAGCAACUUGAUAAAAGGUGUUUCAUUGGAUUGAUGAAUGUUACCGAUAUUCAGCUACAGGAGAAUCUUAUUAAAAUGGAUGAAAUAAACAAAGGUAGUUUCAAUGAUCUGAUAAAUUUAAGAAGACUGGAGUUGAGGGACAAUUACAUUAGAUAUGGAAACGAUUCAACUUUGCCUCAUGCACCAUUUUCUCAGCUGUCCCAUCUGGAGACAUUAGGUAUUGCUUUACAGCAUGGCAAGGGGAAGUCUUACUUGCCUCACAACCUCCUGCAAGGUCUCACAAAUCUGCGGGUUUUCAAUACGAGGAACAUUCAACUUUUAACCUUGCACAAAGACACGUUUAUUUACACACCUCAGCUGCAAGAACUUGACAUUAGCACAAAUGAAUUUAGGGAUCUCUCUCCAGAGUUGUUUUCCCCAAUUCCAAACCUUAAAAGUCUUUACAUAUCUAGAACAAUUCUUGGGUCUCUGGAGUUUCUUGUAAAUGCCAGCCUUUCCAAACUGGAGUUCUUGCAGGCGAGAAAGAAUCAAUAUUCAGUUAUCAGUGAGGAAAUAAUAAGGUCUGUACCAGCUCUUGUUUAUGUGGAUCUUCAGGGGAACAGUUUCAGGUGUGACUGCGAUAACGCCUGGUUCCUCCAGUGGAUAGAAAACAACAACCAAACACAAGUUUUUGAUGCCUAUAACUUUACCUGCAACUACCCUGUGCACCUUAAAGGCAAGGAACUGUUGGAACUCGACAUCAGCUCCUGCUCAGUAGACAUUGAAUUCAUCUACUUUAUCUCCACCACAUGUACAGUCCUACUGUUUAUGGUGGUGUCCUUCACCUACCAUUUCCUGAGGUGGCACCUGGCCUAUGCCUACUACCUCUUCUUGGCUUUGCUCUUUGACACAAAGUAUAAAAACAAGCAAGCUCCUAAUCAGUAUGACGCCUUCAUCUCCUACAACACUCAUGAUGAGCCCUGGGUCGUCCAAGAGCUGCUGCCCAAACUGGAGGGAGACCAGGGCUGGAGAUUGUGUCUGCACCAUCGAGACUUUGAGCCAGGUAAACCCAUCAUAGACAACAUCACAGAUGCCAUUUAUGGAAGCAGGAAGACCAUCUGUGUGAUCAGUCGCAGAUACCUUGAGAGUGAGUGGUGCUCCAGAGAGAUCCAGGUGGCCAGCUUCCGUCUGUUCGACGAGCAGAAGGACGUGCUGAUCAUGGUCUUUCUGGAGGACAUUCCCACCCAUGAGCUGUCUCCUUACUACCGCAUGAGGAAACUGCUGAAGAAGUGGACCUACCUGAGCUGGCCUCGAGCCGGAGAGCACACGGAGCUGUUCUGGGAGAAACUCCGCCAGGCUCUGAAGACCAGAGACGAUCCGGGUGAGGACGUCUUCCAGCUCACUGUGGUGGACGCACAGUGGCAAUAAGGAAGUACAGAUGUUUACAGCUGUACAGCCAGUAUAGUUCACUGGAGUCGUUUUGGACUUUUUUUGUUUUUGGCUUGUUUUAGGGGCUGUCAUUACUUUUUAAUACCACAUGUUGAACAUUUUUGAAUACUUCUGCUAUUCAAAGCUAUUUAUUCAUCACCAAGCUUGAAAUAAACAGCAAUAACUGUAUCUGUAAUUGCUGUCUUACCUUAAAACAGGCAUUUGUCCAUCAACUGUUUCUAUGCAAAACUAUCCACCACUUCAUAAAAAUCCAGAGAUCUGAUGACAUUGCUCCAUGAUAAUAGCUAAUUAUGGAGGUUUUCCUCUUGACAUAUUAUUUUCCACCCCUUCCUUUUGAAGUUUGUGCAGUUAUGACACAAAAACAACUCCUCACAUUGAUCUCAGUUAUUUUGGUUUGUUUGAUAUUUGAUGAUAUUGCUCGGAAACCUCAUACGACUGCACACACACACCAAUUUGGGAACUUAUGAGUAAAAAUAAACAUACAGUCUGUUUUAUUUUGUAACCAGGCGGAACUCAUUAAGACCCUAACCUCACAGAAUUAAAACAAUGCACUUCCCACCAUGGAAGAAGUGUACAUCAUUGUGUGCUUUAGAAGAACCAGUCCUUUUUUUGUGGGGCGCUUGUAUUGUUGUCAUUGUUCGCAGUCUUUACAAUUUACAGAGAAGUUCAUACCUGCCACAGUGACACUAUGAAACAAAACCACUGAAUUAUUUACUAAUUUAAGGAACUAUUAGUACAUAAAAUAGACCAAGAAGUGAAAAAGGGAUUAGAGAAAACAUUAACUUUCAUAAAACAUAAUUUUCCCAUGCUGAAGGGACCAUGCUAAGCUACAGAGGGAAAAUGGACAAUUAAUACAAUUAAUAAAUUACACUUUUUUCUUUUUAAAAAAAAAUAAAUUAAUGACUUGUCUUAUUCUGUGAGCACAAAAGGACCACAUAUUUCUACACAUGUACAAGAGUAUUACAUGGUUUAUAGAUAUUUUUAUACGUUAUUAGAUAUUAUAUACAUCAAUAUGUGAAAUCAUACGUAGUGAUGAGAAUAACUAAACCACAGCUGAUUAAUGAGGACACUGUGGUUCGAAGAUUAAAAUCCAGAGCCACACUAAAGUGGUCAGAAAGACACAUUUUGACAUCUAAAAAAAAAGUCCUUCUUCCUCCUGUAAUUUUUACCAGAUUCCAGCUACAGCCUAGAACAUUUUGCUGACUCUUUAAUAGUACAAAUAAAGUUUCUUUUUCCUCAACAACAGAGGUUGGGUUUCUGUUGUGUAAAGUUAAUGUUCCUUCAAUGAUGUUACUAUUAACAUAAAAGUAGGUCCACAAUUAAAACCCUGUAAGGCCCACUGUUGCAAUAUUACAACGUCACAUUUAACCUUCCUAAACAAAAAGAUAUCUG